AUGUCUGACAAUAAGAAAUGGGCUAAUGCCGAGGAUGGCUCAUUCAAGAGACAAGCUUCGUCGUUCAGAGACACAGUUUCACCUUCACACGCGAUCUUCAAACCUGCCAAGGGUCGCUAUUGGCUGUAUGUGUCACUAGCGUGUCCCUGGGCUCAUCGAACAUUGAUUACGAGGGCGCUCAAAGGGCUGACUUCCGUGAUUGGCGUUUCCGUGGUUCAUUGGAGCAUGGACACCAAGGGUUGGCGGUUUUUGCCCUAUGAAAGUGGUGCUGGCGCGGCCAACAAGUCGGACGACGUGUUUGGCCCAGCGUCAGGAAUACCUUGUGUUCCCAAAUCAAAUCCUACCGCAGGAAUAACGAACGACUCCGUAAGAUACGGCAUCGACGGCACUAUCGACCACAAUUAUCAUUUCAACCGGAUCAGCGAGCUGUACUACAAAGCAAACCCGGACUACAAUGCCAGAUUUACAGUGCCCGUGCUGUGGGACUUAGAAACGGAAACAAUUGUCAACAACGAGAGUUCAGAAAUCAUUCGGAUUUUUAACAGCGGGGUCUUCGAUGAGUUUACCGACUCCAAAGUCACACAGAUUGACUUAGUUCCCAAGCAGCUUCAAUCUCAAAUUGACGAAAUCAACUCUUGGGUUUACGAUAACAUCAAUAAUGGAGUUUACAAAAGCGGAUUCGCAGAAUCCCAGCAAGUGUACGAAAAGGAAGUGACUAAUGUCUUCGACCAUUUGCAGAAGUUAGAACACAUUUUGAAAAUAAAUUACGACGCCGCUGUUAGCAAAUACGGUGAAAAAGAGGCUCUUUCCAAGCUGUUUUUGAUCAACGAGCAGCUGACCGAGGCGGAUCUUAGACUUUACCCAACAAUUGUACGUUUUGAUCCUGUCUACGUUCAGCAUUUCAAGUGCAAUUUAUCCACCAUCAGAGACGGUUUUAAAAUGAUCGAUCUGUGGUUAAGAAACCUGUACUGGAACAACGCGGCAUUCCGUGAAACCACCAGUUUUGAUCACAUCAAACUUCACUACACCAGGAGUCAUCCGAGAGUCAAUCCCUUGGGACUCACUCCUCUAGGACCUAUUCCUGUAAUUUUACCUUUGUGA